CUAAUAAAAUGGAAACUUUUGGUAUAUUCUUUUUUUUCUUAUAAAUUAAAUUUUAGAUGGGGUGCCAGCCCAUCACAGGGUACAAUCGCACACACAUUCACACACCCAUUCACACUCUACGGACAAUUUGCAAAUGCCAAUCAGCCUACAACACAUGCCUUUGGACUGGGGGAGGAAACCAAAGCAUGGGGAAAACAUUCCAAUUCCUGUAGGUAAAUAAGGCUAAAAUGGUAUGCUUGAAAUAAUAAUAAAAAAUAAUAAUAAUAAAUCAUCCAGUGUCUAAAACUGUCAACAUUCGGGUCUAAAAAAUCUAAUGCUGAAGGCAAAGGUGUUUUGUUUUUUUUUUGUUUUUUUUUUAAGGAAAUGUAAUUUCUGAACAUACAAAUUUUACACAGUUUAGGACUGAGGUAAACAUAAAAUAAAUAAAUAAAUAAAAAACACUAGUUAAAAAAAAUCCAACAACAAAAAUAUUUUUUUAAAAGUGUAGUCUGGCACAAUUUUUUUUUUUUUUUUUUUUUUUUUUUUUUACAUUUUUUUAUAUGGAAAUAUUGAGAGUGACAAAAUGUCUAGAGAGCUACAGAGGAUUGCAUGUUCUCAAGUGAUAUGGAAGUUAUUUACAUCUUAUAUUUUCCUAAAUUGACUGCCCAUGAGUGCGGACACUAUGCAUGAAAGGGUUAAUAAGAUAUGUGCAAAAUAUCUUACAGAAACACUCUCCUGAUAACAUAGUGGACAGCUUCCUAUAUAGGAGACAUUCUCUACAUAGCUUGCUAAACAAGCAGUUAUUUUACAUACAGUCAGGCCUAUAUGUGUUUUUUCCUUCCCUACUACUAAUACAGCCGCCUGUGCAUUAUGCCACGCAAUGGCCCUGUCAGCCUCUUGCUCUAUGCUUCUCUAAUAAAAAGCCAAUUAGCCGGCAUUAGCAUGAUGGUGGGGAAAAGGUGCAAAGCGUGGGUGCUAGCGUCAUAAGAGGUAGCUGACAACACAAAUGCAGCUGUUGUGGACCCGUCGAGGCUCAUCACACACCAUUAUUUAUCCUUCUCGCUCAUUUCCUGCAUUGUCAGAAGCCAGGCUCUUUGUAAUAGUCUCAGACAUGAUUUGCUAGCAUUCACCACAGCCUCUACAUGCUUUCUGCUUGUCGCAGUAAUGAAUGGACAUGGUUUAAGUACACAAUUCGUGUGCCGGGUAGAAGUCGGUCACAAAACAUUUCCCACAUCAUGAAUCUCCUACUGUUUUUCAGCUCUUCUCACCAUUACAGCUAAUGAGCAAUGAUAUUUAUCCUGAUAAUACAAAACACUACAUAAAAAUGUUUUUUUGUUGUUGUUGUUUUUUCAUAUUUACAGGUAACAUGCAGAAUUUCUAAAGACCUGGUAAGAUGGAGACACCAAAUCGGAUCCCAGUAUCUGGAUUCACAAAACCAUGGGGCAACAAUUCUGUUCUCUCAGGCAAUUUGGGCUUGUCUCAGGCAACUGUCUCCCCUCCACCCCCAAAUGAUACCUUCCUCCUCAAUGGGUCUCUGCAGAACUGGACGGAGAGCUACAACACCGGUUUCAUGCCAAGUGUUGCUGGAAUCCUCAUUCCUCUUAUCUAUAUAAUAGUCUGCGUGGUUGGUUUAGGGGGCAACACCUUGGUCAUCCACAUCGUCUUGCGCUACUCUCAGACCCAGUCUGUGACAAACAUCUAUAUCCUGAACCUGGCCAUAGCUGACGAGCUUUUCAUGCUUGGCCUUCCCUUUCUGGCUGUCCAAAAUGCUCUUUUGUCCUGGCCAUUUGGGUCACUGAUGUGCCGCCUGGUUAUGACUGUGGAUGCCAUCAACCAGUUCACCAGCAUCUUCUGCCUGACCGUAAUGAGUAUCGACCGCUACUUGGCAGUGGUACAUCCUCUCCGGUCUUCCAGGUGGCGCCAACCUCGAGUGGCCAAGGCAGUCAAUGUCACAGUAUGGGCAAUAUCCUUUGUAGUCGUUCUUCCAGUUGUGGUUUUUGCUGAUGUGUUAGAGGACGACGGGAACUGUAGCAUAGUAUGGCCUGAACCUGCAGAAGUCUGGAAAGCUGCGUUUAUUGUUUACACAGCAACUGUAGGAUUCUUUGGCCCUCUGCUAGUCAUCUGCAUGUGCUACCUGCUCAUCGUAAUCAAGGUCCGCAGCUCUGGACGUAGAGUACGAGCCACGUCCAUCCGGCGGCGUAAAUCUGAGCGGAAGAUAACACGAAUGGUGGUGAUUGUGGUAGCUGUGUUUGUGUUCUGUUGGCUACCGUUCUACAUAUUAAACAUCGUCAACCUGCUAGUGCUGCUUCCGGGAGAGUUCCGGGGCUUGUAUUACUUUGUGGUGGUCCUUUCAUAUGCCAACAGCUGUGCCAACCCCAUUCUGUACGGAUUCCUCUCUGACAACUUCAAGCGAGGUUUCCGGAAAGCUCUGUGUCGCUCGACCAGGCGAGUGGAAAACCAGGAUCUACAACAGGGGACUGUCGGAAACCACACUCUGCCCCUAGAGGAAAUGAAAAAGGACCUUGAGCUGACAGACUGCCUGAAAGAAUCCUGCAAACAAAUACAGCAAAAGUGUGUGGAAGAAGAGGAAGAAGUUCAGGAAGCAGAUAUGGGUUACAUGGAGAAUGGCACCCAAAUGACGGAAAUCUGUAGAUCUGUAAAGAAUGGCUGCAGACAUAGGCAAUGUGAGGGCACUAGGACCAUAGUCUCAUGCAUGGUUGAUGCCAAGGAAGCAGGACCAAGUAAUGGAAACAGAACUGGGGAAAAUGGGGACUAUAUUAGUCCAACCUUUGGACAUGUUGUUAGUUUCAAUGGGUCUCAGAGAGGAAGCAUCAGACCAGUGGCAGAGGAAUUAGGAGACACUGUUCUGGAAAUUAGUUAUUUGUAAAACUGUGCAACCUUUCUUAAUAUCCAGCAUAAGUGAAAUACGCAGUGAUGCCAAAAUGUGGAGUUUCACAUUCAUUAUCAGCAAGUGUCUUAUGUCUUUAAACGUCUCUUGGAAUUUAACAAAUCUUUUGUUUCACAAACUGUAAUAUACAAAAAUAGUGAAACAAUUAGAGCAGGGCCUUUCUUCCCAAGUACUAGAACCUUUGACACCAGAAGACUGUGACUGUUCUUUUUUUAUUGGUUAACCAAACUGCAAAACUGACAAUCUGUCAAAACAAUCUGACAAAAGAAAUAAGUCAAAUCAGGUACUUCUUUCACGAUGUGCAUCAA